AUGCCGAAACCACAAUAUACGCAACAAUUUCGGGAUUCUUGGCUUCAAGACCCACAUUUAAAAGAUUGGCUACAAGCUAUUGAAAGUACCACGGGUCGAGUAGCAAAAUGUAAAUUUUGUGGUACAACUUUAAGGAGUCACUACGGAGACUUAAAGACUCAUGGGAUGUCAAAGAAGCAUCUACAAAAUAAGAAGCUUAUAAUUACUCAGCCCAAAAUCCCAUUCAAGACAGAGCCCAUUGAAAGUAAAAAAAAGGACGAAGCCAGACUCGCACUAUUCACCGCCAUGCAUACUAGCAUACGUGUCAUAGACCAUUUAGGAGAGGUUAUUAAUCACAGUCAUGAAAAAGAUAUUAAAAAAGUUCAACUGCACCGAACUAAAUGCGCCUCGAUUAUAAAAAAUGUGUUAGCAUUACAUUUCACUGAGGUCCUCAAACAAGAUCUUAAAGAUCAACCAUUUAGCUUAUUAAUUGAUGAAUCCACAGAUAUUGCUGUGCAGAAAUACUUAGGUUUAAUUGUAAUUUAUUUUAGUGAAUUAUACCAAAAAUUCGUUUCCACGUAUCUAGACCUUGCUGAACUGCAUGAGUUUAAUGCUGAAGGUAUUGUUUCUGCUAUAAAGAAGACGCUAAAACGAUUCGAUCUCCGAUUGGAAAAUUUAAUGGGACUUGGUACAGAUAACGCUUCUGUGACGGUUGGAGUAAAUAAUGGAGUCUAUAUCAAAUUGAAGGAAGAGAUACCACAUCUGAUUUUGGUGCGUUGCUUGUGUCAUUCCUUGCAAUUGGCUGUUUCUGCUGCAGCAAAAGAAUUUUUGCCGAGAAAUUUGGAAUUUAUAAUUAGAGAGACAUAUGAUUGGUUUAGCCGCUCGACAUCCAGACAGUUGCUGUAUAAAGAAUUAUACAAAACCAUUAACGACGGUCAGAAACCGUUAAAAAUUGUUCAAGCAUGCCAAACGAGGUGGUUGUCAAUUGAAUCUGCUGUAUCAAGAGUAUACACGCAAUGGCUCGAGUUAAAAACUCAUUUUGCAAUAGCUAAGGUGCACGAAAGAUGUCACACGGCCGAGUUAUUGCACUCUUUAUAUGCGAAUGAGAUGAACUACGCAUAUAUUUCUUUUUUAUAUCCAAUAUUAAUUGAGAUAAACAGAGUUAAUAAAAUGUUCGAGUCAAAAGAUACGGACCAUAUCAAAUUGUAUGAAGAGUUAACUAACCUGAUAGAUAUGCUUGUCUGCAAGGUAACAUUACCUACAAAUAAAGUUAAUAUUUUUAAUCAAAAUAUUCGUGGUUUUUUGGAUCAAAAAUGUUAUCUUGGAUUCAGAUUUGAAAAACAAAUAAUUGAAAUGAGAGAAAAAGGGUUACCAAGGGAAGACGAAGAAAUGAUGCGGCAUCGGUGCAUAACAUUUAUAGUCAGUCUAAUUGAAGAAAUAAAGAAUAGGUUACCAGAAAAUUUGACACUAAUGAAAAAAAUUUCCCGAAUAAGUGUUGAACAAGCACUUAAUCACAAUAAAGAAGCACUAAUUGACAUAAUGGCUCAGUUCAAUAAAAGUGCAGAACAUAUAGCGAGAGUCGAUGAUCAGUGGCAUCAAAUUCAUUUAUUAAAAUGGAAUGAAACUAGAAACACAAGAAAGUUUUGGAUGGAAGUAUUGCAAUUCAAAGACACUCAAGGAGAACCGAGGUUUAAGGAAUUGGCGACUUUUGCGAUUACUCUCCUAAUACUACCUCAUUCUAAUGCCGAUGUUGAGAGACUAUUUAGCAGCAUGAAUGUAAUAAAGAACAAGGAGAGAAAUAGAAUGAAGUUAAAUCUUUUAUCUGCUAUUUUGAGAAUACGUUGUUGUUUGAGGUUGGAAGAAAAAUGCUGCAAUGAUUAUAAAAUUCCAGAAGCCGUUGUCAAACAAAUCGGUACCAAAGAAUCAUAUCAAUCUGAAAUGGAAGAUUAUGGUGCAAGCAAAAAUGAUUCGUCUGAAGAAGACGAAUUAAUUUAG